GCGAUCGUUCGUUCUCUCGCUUUAGCUCAAAGUCUGUCUGUCUGUCUGUUUUCAUGCCAUCUUCUGCCCUUUGGAUGCGAACUUCACCUCGUUUCUAGGCUGGUGUGGUGAAUGUUCCACUGUGUGUGAGUGUGUGUGUGUAUGUGAGUGACUGGGUGCUCUUGGGGUGGUAUUGUUGAAGCUUUCGCCUUACCCCGUGCAGGGUUCGGCUGCUGUGCGGAAACUGAGCUGUAGGUGGUGAGUUGGUUAGUUUCCAGGAGGCAUUACUUAGCGGCGUCGCUGGCUCGUCUUAGGUUUGCUGGUUUUGGUGUGCAUGGUUUGUUGUUUGUUAGUUUCUUCGCAUGUAUUUGUAUGUGUUUGUGUUUGUAUGGUUGAGGGCGCGUCUAGUCUGCGUAACUGCUGUGGUGAUCCAGAAUGAGGAAGAGUAGACGUCGGGUUAUUCAGCUCAAGUUUUCGCUGAAUGCUCCUUGUUGGUACUUCACGGUGGUUUCAUGACUCGGUUGCUUCUGCAGGAACGUGAGGUCGAUUGGAUAUUAUGGUUUUUUUCGUUUCGCGUUCUCGCUGUCAGAUCGUGUCAGUAAUAAUGUCAGACAUACAGUGGCGCUGAAGCUCGUGGAGUUUGAUUUCUGGUCUGCAAGAACACGUCAUUGUGGUGAUGCAGACUUGAGGUGGAUGUACUGGAUGGAGUAUGGUUUAUUUCCAAAUGUUGCUAUCAUCAUACUGCAGCAUUUUGCCUAAUCCUUCACUUCAAAUCCAAAGGACUCACCACGUAGAGAUAGAAUUUAAGGCUGAUUGUAUUUCAUUGAGAGAUCGUGGACCCCUAGCUUCGACUCCAUUCGAAGCAAGUUGAUUUCAUGCGUACUCGAUAUCGACCGUCUUAGGGGCUGGAGAGUGUCUCUUCAUGGCAUUUAGGAAAAACCCUCCAAACCUACCCAUAAGGAACAAUGCCAGGAAUGGUGGGUACCGCGCCUCUGUCAUCGCUCUCUUAUUACUAUCUGUACUCGCCCCUCUUUUAAUUCUGACGAACAGGACAUCGAACUUUCUAUCAUCAGGGCUAAGCAGUGACCAAUCUUCUGUUUCGUUAAGGAUAGAGGAGAUACGAAGGCGCAGUGCGUUGGAAGGCAUAGAAGCUUUGUUUCCGAAAGAGGUGUUAGACAUUGUAAAUUCUAAUUCUGAAGGCACUGGGCCUCUGAAUCUGAACGUUUUUGGGCAUAAUUAUUUGUCCUCAUCUUGGGUCCAAGAAGAGGGCAGGCUUUCUACGUUGGAGUCCCAGUCGUAUGAGGACGCCAAGAUAGUCCCAGAGAGUGGUGUCAAGAAUAAGCUGGAGAAUGAAGGAUGGAACCGUGAGAAAACAGGCAUAUCAGAGGAGGUCGCUAAAAGCGCCAGCACAUGGAAACGAGAUGCUGACAUUGAGAACUCUGAUGCCCUGGUCCGGCUAAUGCGGGAUCAGUUGAUCACGGCUCGGGUCUAUGCCAAUAUUGCACAGAGCCAAGGUCAUUAUGACUUAGUUCAUGAUCUGAAGCUGCGAAUAAAGGAACAUUCCGGCACGGUGGGAGAUGCUAAUUUGGAUGCUCAAUUGCCAUCGGGUGCUGAAGACAAAAUGAAGCUAAUGAGUGAGCUUUUGGUUGAGGCUCGUGAGAAGCACUAUGAUAAUGCUCUAAUGGUCAAGAAGUUGAGAGCAAUGCUACAGUCCACUGAGGACAAUGCCCGUAUUCUGAAGAAACAGAGCACUUUCCUGAGUCAGCUGGCCGCAAAAACUGUACCUAAAGGGCUUCAUUGCUUCUCAAUGCGUCUUGCCGUCGAAUACCAUAUGCUCCCGCCUGCCAAAAAGACAUUCCAACGAACGGGUAGGCUUGAAGAUCCUAAUUUAUAUCAUUUUGCCCUCUUUUCUGACAAUAUAUUGGCAGUAGCUGUCGUGGUGAACUCAACGAUUCAAAACGCCAAGGAGCCAGAGAAACACGUUUUUCACAUUGUUACCGACAAGCUAAAUUUUGGUGCCAUGAUGAUGUGGUUUUUAGCAAAUCCUCCCGGGGCUGCUGUCAUACAAGUGCAAAACGUAGAUGACUUUAAAUGGUUGAACGCAUCCUACAGUCCUGUGUUGAAGCAACUAAAGUCCACAUCCAUGAAGGAUUAUUAUUUUAAGGCUGACCAGACGAAUCUCCUCGCAGCAGGUACAUCAAAUCUGAAAUACAGGAAUCCUAAGUACUUGUCUAUGCUGAAUCACCUGCGCUUUUAUCUGCCAGAGGUGUUCCCCAAGCUUAACAAAAUCCUGUUUCUUGAUGACGAUAUUGUUGUGCAAAGGGAUCUCACUCCACUCUGGCAUACUGAUCUAAACGGAAAUGUCAACGGGGCUGUGGAAACUUGUGGCGCCAGCUUUCAUCGGUUUGAUAAAUACUUAAAUUUCUCUAAUCCUCUAAUUUCAACGAACUUUCAUCCAAAUGCGUGUGGAUGGGCCUAUGGGAUGAAUGUCUUCGACCUGAAGGAAUGGAAGAAGCUAGAUAUCACUGGAAUCUAUCAUAGGUGGCAAAGCCUGAAUGAGCAUCGAUCACUCUGGAAGCUUGGGACACUACCACCGGGUCUCAUCACGUUCUACAACUUGACACAACCUUUGGAGAAGUCGUGGCACGUUCUAGGACUGGGUUACAACCCUGCGGUUGAGGAGUCAGAAAUUGAGGCUGCGGCAGUUAUUCACUGGAACGGGAACAUGAAACCAUGGUUAGAGAUUGGAAUGGCAAAAUACAAGCCGUACUGGACCAAAUUCGUUAAUUACAACCACCCUUACUUGCAGCAGUGCAACGUUAUCAACUAGAGUCAUUGCUUCGAGUGCCGUAAAAAUGACUUGGAGGUAAGGUGCUGUUCUGUGAAUUACAUGGCUACUUCAAGGGCUACCCUUGUAGUCUCUUCAUCAGUGCGUGCCUGGACUACAAGGACCAGCAACCCGCUUGCACAUUGUUGCAAUUACUCGUCCUGUUUCAAAUAAUUGUUCUCUUGCUUUUCGAUAUGGGGCCUCGCUGUAUCGUACCAUCAAAUGAGUUAAAACGAACCACUUACUAGGUAAGUAACAUGUCUAUGGCAAGCUGUUGAGCUGGAAAGGUUUUUCAAGGCAGGUUCCAAAUUCUUUUCUGACUGCUAGUUGAGGCUCCACUUUAGAUAAGUCCCUCGUGUAUUGUAUCUAGUCAGUACUAGCAUCGGGUUCAACAAUUUGUAUGUAACAACCUUUGGAUUCUUCUUGUUCGGGAAUGCAUGACAAGACAAAUACCAUUUCAAAAAUUGGUCUAUCUAUAGAUUCAUGUAGAAGAAAAUUGAGACUAAUAAAAUUUAUAUUCAAAACCAUGAAACGUCCAAGUUGGGUUUCACAAGGUUACAA